GUGGUCUAUGCAGGCAGAGAUUCAGAGGGCACAGCUAUAUAGACUCCUGUGAAUAUUGUGCUAGUGUGCUGCUGACUCAGCUAACUUGAAGCUCAGCUACGCGUAGCAAAGGGCCUGGCGCACACCUCUGCCAUCAAAUAGCCCAAAGGACUACUAUUCCGAGUCUGCGCUGUCAUUUACGACACGCAACAUGGCACGGCCCUUUGAUGAACUACUUCUUAAGCUUGAUUUGUCCAUAAGGACUUUCGCAGCAUACUCGAUACCAGCGUUACAUAUGCACAUAGAAGCUUUGAAAGGAAGUUCAUCGAUGAACCUGCAGAAAACACAGUUCACACUCACGCCACCUAGGGAGAUCACCCAAUUCAAACACUAGCAUCGAGGCAUCGAGUUUGCAGAAAUGCUGCUAUUGAUCGUGAUGUUCCCUGCGCUGACGAACGGUCCUACACGGCCUUUGGAGCUCUUCUCACAUGACGAGGGUGCAAGCUUCCUCUCUCCCUGGGUCCACUACAUCCCCAUCCAAAUCGACUACUCCGAUCUCUACGACGCCCUCGUCUUCUUCCGCGACGACCUCUCAGGCCGAGGCGCCCAUGAAGACCUCGCGAAGAAGAUUGCGGGGAGGGGGAGGGAGUGGAGUAAGGGGUUUUGGAGUAAGGAGGAUAUGGUUGCUUAUUUGUUUAGGUUAUUCCUCGAGUAUGCAAGAGCCAUGAGCGAGGAUAGAGAUGAACUUAAUUUCAAAGUGUAAGAUUUGGAUUUUGGAUUGGCACGCGCACUUUCCAUCAUAGACAUACGUCGCAGGCUUCUUACCCCCCAGAUAUACCACGCACGUCUUCAUACCUCGCAACACACUACGCACGCAUCACAAGUCAAAACAUAUCCUAAGGACGCUCACGCUCUUUCGGUGAUGGGCCAAGCGCUGGCCAUUUGUUUCUAUGGGUGCAUAUAUCUACUGUACUGUACUCUACACCGCGCAUGCACCCACGCUUGUAUUAUAUACAUACUUUAUACACCCGUCUGUUGAGACGUGUAAUUGGAUACUGUUGUACACUGCAUUCAAUGAGUGAUUGGCUUGGUUGUGGGGGG